AUGGCAACCCCAAACUUUUUGAUACUCUGGAUAUUACUCAUAGCAGAUUCUGUGUGGACACAGAGUAUGAGACAGGCCUAUGAAGUACAGGACCCAGAGGACUGGGAUGUCCAUGAUGACUUCUAUUGUCCCAGAGAAUGCUUCUGUCCACCCAGCUUCCCUACUGCCUUAUACUGUGAGAAUAGAGGUCUCACAGAAAUCCCUCCUAUUCCUUCAAGGAUCUGGUACCUCUACCUGGAGAACAACCUGAUUGAAUCAAUACCAGAGAAGCCGUUUGAGAAUGCCACCCAGUUGAGGUGGAUCAAUUUGAACAAGAACAAAAUAACCAACUAUAGGAUCGAGAAGGGGGCCCUAAGUCAGCUAAAGAAGCUUCUUUUCCUGUUUCUAGAAGACAAUGAGCUAGAGGAGGUACCUUCUCCGUUGCCAAGAAGUUUGGAACAGUUACAAUUAGCUAGAAACAAAGUAUCCAGAAUCCCUCAGGGGACCUUCAGUAACCUGGAAAACCUGACCCUUCUUGAUCUGCAGCACAACAAACUAUUAGACAACGCCUUUCAAAGAGAUACCUUCAAGGGACUUAAGAACCUCAUGCAACUAAAUAUGGCUAAGAAUGCCCUAAGGAACAUGCCCCCAAGAUUACCAGCCAACACCAUGCAACUCUUUCUGGACAACAACUCCAUCGAAGGAAUCCCAGAAAAUUAUUUCAAUGUGAUUCCAAAGGUGGCCUUCCUGAGGCUCAACCACAACAAACUAUCAGAUGCAGGUCUCCCGUCCAGGGGUUUUGAUGUAUCCUCCAUUCUAGAUCUUCAACUGUCUCACAAUCAGCUCACAAACUUUCCCCGAAUCAAUGCUAACCUGCAGCACCUUCACCUCGAUCACAACAAAAUUAAAAAUGUGAACAUGUCGGUAAUAUGUCCCACCACACUGCGCGCAGAACAGGAUGCCUUCAUUCACGGACCUCAAUUGAGCUACCUGCGUCUGGAUGGGAAUGAAAUCAAGCCACCAAUCCCAAUAGAUUUAGUGACAUGCUUCAAGCUUCUUCAAGCUUUCAUAAUAUAA